AUGUCGAAAAGACACGCAGAGCUCCCUCUGGAGCAAGACUUCUCUGGCUCACCUGUAUCGAAAAAGGCGCGCGUCGAGGACGACAACGAUCUCGAUUUCCCCAACGGCGCAGUACCCGCAUUGCAAACCGAAGAGCUGAGAGAGGAUGAUCGCAAUGAUGUGGAUAUCCUAGGAGCAGCUCAAAUAGAAGCAGAGGAGCUUGAAGAGGCUGAGAAAGACCCUUCUGGGCUCUUGGAUAUCGACGAAGAUGCGCCUGUACUCAGCGCCCCAAAGCGGCAAAGUGCUCCCAUGGAAGGCUACGGCGACCUUUACCUCGACACAAUCAACCGUGGAAUCCUGGAUUUCGACUUCGAGAAGCUGUGCUCCAUCAGUUUGUCAAAUGUCAAUGUGUACGCAUGCCUCGUUUGCGGCAAAUACUUCCAGGGUCGUGGUCCCAAAUCGCAUGCAUAUUUUCACGCCCUUGAAGUUGGACACCACGUCUUUAUCAACAUUGGCACAAAGAAGGUCUAUGUUUUGCCUGAAGGAUAUGAAGUCAAUAACAAGAGUUUGGAGGAUAUCAAAUAUGUGGUUGAUCCACACUACACAAAAAGCCAAGUGAUCAAGCUUGAUAGGGAGGUGCAUGAUGCCUGGGACCUUUCUGGUUCUAGGUAUAGACCAGGGUUUGUCGGCAUGAACAACAUCAAAGCCAACGACUACGUCAAUGUAGUAGCUCAACUACUGGCACAUGUUUUGCCAAUUCGCAAUUUCUUCCUCCUCCACGAGUUCCCUACACCUGGCACACCAGAGAUAAUUCUUCGUUUCAGCACGCUGGUGCGCAAGCUAUGGAACCCUAAGGCGUUCCGGUCACAUGUGUCUCCGCACGAGUUACUACAAGAGAUUGCUGUACGAUCCUCGAAACGGUUCACUCUCACGAACCAGGCAGAUCCCGUGGACUUCUUGUCUUGGUUCCUAAACACCCUGCACCUUGCCUUAGGAGGGUCCAAGAAGCCAUCACCAACACCCACAAGUGUCAUUCACGCAGCAUUCCAGGGUCGUGUACGGAUAGAAAGCCAAGCUAUCACCGCUCACUCCGACACCCAAAAUGCCCGUUUGGUAUUCACUGAAUCUGCUACAAUCAAUAGCCAGGUUACUCCUUUCCUCAUACUCACACUGGACCUACCCCCCACUCCCCUCUUCCAGUCUUCCAGUAGGGAGUCGAGUAUCCCACAGGUUCCCUUGACUACCCUCUUGAACAAAUACAAUGGCUACACGGCGUCAGAGAAACUGGCCCACCGUGUCCGACACCGUCUUCUCCACCCUCUUCCUCCUUAUCUUUUCUUCCAUAUCAAGCGCUUCAGCAAGAACCGCUUUGUCUCUGAGCGAAACCCAACCAUCGUCACCUUCCCCUCUCCGCAUAACUUGGAUAUGACCCCCUAUGUCGAGCCAAAUCCCAAUGUUUGGUCACCCAGCGAGCCAAUCCUCUACGACCUUGUCGCAAACAUCAUCCUCGACCCCGCUAUCGCCGCACCCGGUGAAAUGGAUGACGCUGCGGACAAGGGCGUUAACUCUGCGUCAGGAGCAGGAGGAUCCUCCAGCGGAGCAGGUGGCGGCAGCAAGAAGGUGUCAUGGCUUGUCCAACUUCAUGAUAAAGCUAUGGAGGCCGAAAAUGCUCGCGCCAAAAACAGCGGUUCCACAGAGAAACAGCAGCAAGGCCCUGAGUGGCUUGAGAUUCAGGAUUUGUUCGUCAAUCGCACGGAAAGUGAGACGCUGUUCACUCGUGAGGGAUACCUUAUGGUCUGGGAGCGACGCAAGGUGCCAGGGAACAAAGGAAAGGAGCGUGCUUGA